CUAUGCAGAUCAUCUGUAUGAAAUCGUAAAAUGUUCCCGGGAUGGUACUUUGGGGCAGUGUCGGUCAUUACUCGCACAACGGCCCUGGUUGAACUUCUGUUAACUGUGCUGUCCAGUGUCCACUGCGCCGCGUCAUGGUUUUUGGAGAGUGGCGGGUACAUUUGAAAUGUAACGGAACCAGAAAGCGUAUACACAGAGAGCGGAAAAAUAUAGAUGAGAUAACGACGUUUUUCGAGGGGAGCCGAGGGUUUUGUUGAUCAUUAUAAAGCAGACAUGGAGGCCACCGUGGGCAACUUGCACAAGCUGUUUGAGCGUCUGCGGGCUCACAUUGAGGUCUUGAAUGAAGGCAUAGAGCCUCAGUUCAUCCAGACGGCGGUGAAUUUCGAGGUCUGUCGGCAGAAGUGGCUGCGGGUGGAGCAGGAGCUGGGCGCUUGUAAGGAGGUUCUGGCCAAGUCGGAGUCGGAGAGGGGCGCCCUGGAGGUAAAGCUCAAGCACGCUCGUAACCAAGUGGACGUGGAGAUACGCCGGCGACAGAGGGCGGAGGCCGAUUAUGAAAAACUGGACCAUCAGAUGCAGUUGAUCAGGGAUCUCCUGGUGUCGGAGUGCGCCAGCAACAGCGUUCAGCUGACCGAAGAGCAGCGCUCGGCCCUGGCCUUCCUCCACAGCCAGUCGCAGGCCCCCAACCCCAACCCCAACACCAGCAGGCGGUUGUCCACCAUUGAUGAGUCUGCAUCCAUUUUGUCAGACAUCAGCUAUGACAAGACUGAUGACUCCUUGGAUUGGGACUCCUCCAUCCUGCGGACCGUGAAGCUGAAAAAGCGUCAGAAAAGACGCUCUUCCCGAAACCACACCGAUGGCCCCGCCGGCGCCGUGAAGAAGUCUCGCUCGUCGCUGCGAACCUCGGAGAAGGGGGAUGAGUCCAUUGUGGCCAGAACCACGGUCCUGGUGCCCGCAAACGGAGACCCCGUCGAGGCCGUGUCCACCAUAGAGGCCGUGCCCUACUGGACUCGCAGCAGGACAAGAACCGUCCGGGAAAGCAGAGGCACGGACGCCUUCGAGUACGGAGCAGAGAAUGACCCGCCCAGCAGGCCGGAGAAGAAGCCGAUGGCCGAGCCCUCCAGCUCCCGGAAGAAUGAGGGGGCCCGGCAGCACGACUUUAUCUCUAAAACCGUCAUCAAACCCGAGUCCUGCCAGCCCUGCGGGAAGAGGAUCAAGUUCGGCAAGCUGUCUCUCAAGUGCCGCGAUUGCCGCGUGGUGGCGCACCCCGAAUGCCGCAGCCGAUGCGCUCUGCCCUGCACCCCCUGCCUGAACGGCACCCCCGUCAGGUUUGGAGAGGGCACCCUGGAAGACUACGUGCCUGCGAGCCAUCCCAUGAUCCCCUCCUUAGUGAUCCACUGCAUCAAUGAAAUUGAGCAAAGGGGCUUGCGUGAGCCGGGGCUGUACCGCGUGUGCGGCCUGGACCGCGCGGUGAAGGAGCUGAAGGAGAAGUUCCUGCACGCGCGGGCCGCCCCCUCGCUCGGCAAGGUGGAGGACGUGCACGUCGUCUGCAGCCUCCUCAAGGACUUCCUCCGGAACCUCAGAGAGCCGCUGCUCACCUUCCGGCUCAACCAGGCCUUCAUGGACGUGGCAGAACUGGAUGAUGACAACAGCAUUGCCAUGAUGUACCAGACCAUCAGCGAUCUGCCCGCGGCCCACAGAGACACGCUGGCCUUCCUCAUCCUGCACCUUAAGAGGGUCUCGCAGUCCACGGACACCAGGAUGGACGCCGCUAACCUGGCCAGGGUGUUCGGCCCCACCAUCGUGGGCCACGCGGUGGCCGACCCCGGGCCCAUGACCAUUCUGCAGGACACCAAGCGACAGCCCAAAGUCGUGGAGCGCCUCUUGAGCUUGCCCGUGGAGUACUGGAGCCAGUUCAUGAUUGAGCGAGGCCACGCCCUCCGGGGUCACGCGGAGACCAAUGACUGCUGCAGCACCCCCGAGGAGAAAGUGAGCAUGCUGGGGCCCCUGACCACUCCGGAGCACAAAAUGAGCAAAACCCCCUCCUCCAGCUCCCUCUCUCAGCGCAUGAAGUCGGCCCUGAGCAGGACCACGCCCAAGUUUGGGAGCAAGUGCAGUUCCUCCACAGCCACCCUCAGUCGCCAUGGCAACUUCUUUGCCUCUCCUCUGCUGAGGUAGAGCAUGCAGGAGCACGGGAGUUCCUGUCACCUACGAGGGAAAACGUAGCUAGCACUUACUAUACAUUUACAUGUCAGCAAUUAUUUUGUGGUUGUAUUUUUGUAUUUAUUUUUUUAGCAUUGAAUAUCUAGACGUUUUAAUGGCAUUUAAAUUUAUGUUCAUGUCAAUAUAUUUAAAAGCCAAGGGAAGCGUACCCAACCAGUGUUGAUACAUUGCAGGUGCGACUUUAUGGUUUAAGUAGCGAAGUAAUUUCAGUUUUAACCAAUAGGGAAUUGAUAGUUCACGUAUCUUGUAUUGAUAGUAAAUACGUCCUACUUUGUGAAAAUGUUAGCUUAGUUGUUUUAUAUCUGUAUUUCACUAUGUGGCAUUAAUUGUCAGGUCGGUCGGGGGAAAUGGCAGCUAUCUAAAAAAAUUAUAAUAGACUUUUGAUAUAGCUGACAAUAUCUUCAUUCAGGUACAUUUCUUAAUGUUACUUAAAAGCGUAUAUUUUUUGUUAAUGAGAUUCCAUCUCAUAGAUGACAGAAUUGUAGUUUAGUUUUAAUGGGUUUCGAAAGGGUGUCAUUGGAUGCCAGUAAGUCAGGAAACCAAACAACUGGCUUUCCAUUAUUUGUAAAUAUUUGUGAAUGCCUCUGAGGAAUGUCUGUAUGUAAUCAGAGAAACUAAGGAACAUGGAGAAUGUUUCAUGUAUUUUUAACUGUUACUUAUUCAGACUGUUAUGACUUAUUGGCCAGUAAAGACCCUUUUCUCCAUUUCUUAUC